AUGGAGCAUCGCCCUUUCUGCUGUAGCGUGAAAGGCUUUGUGAAGAUGCUGCGGCUGGCACUAACGGCGACAUCUAUGACCCUUUUCAUCAUCACACAGGCCCCCGAACCAUACAUUGUUAUCACUGGAUUUGAAGUCACCAUUAUUUUAUUUUUCAUAAUUUUAUAUAUGCUCAGACUUGAUCGAAUAAUUACCUUUCUAUUUUGGCCUUUGCUUGACCUUCUCAACGACCUGUUCGCCACCGCUUUCCUGGCAGGCGCUGUGGCCUUUGCUGUGCAAUCUCGCCAAACCAUGCCGGUGAACUACUUUGUGGCUGUGGCCACAGAACGGCUUUCCACCGAAUUGUGCGAUCCAAGCAAAGUUGGAAAGUAA